AUGAUUGCACGCCUUUGGAACCGUCGGGCAUUAUCGCUCGCGGUCAUUUCGCUUUUUGCGUCCUCUGCCGCAGCUGAUGUGUUUGAAAGCCUGAGGGCUGUGCCCCAGGGAUGGAGAUAUUCCCGCACGCCGCGUGCCAACCAGCCACUGAAGCUUCAGAUUGCUUUGGCACAGGGCAAUGCUAUUGGAUUUGAGGAGGCCGUCAUGGAAAUGUCCACUCCCGACCACCCCAGCUAUGGAAAGCAUUUCCAGACCCAUGAAGAAAUGAAGCGCAUGCUGCAACCAAGCGCUGAGUCUGCUGGCUCGAUCCGUGAAUGGCUUGAGAGCGCUGGAAUUACUCAGAUUGAGCAGGAUGCGGACUGGAUGACUUUUCAUACAACCGUAGAGACUGCGAACGAGCUGCUGGCAGCUAACUUCCAGUACUACGUCAGCAAUGCCAAACAUAUUGAGCGUCUCCGCACGCUAGAGUACUCCGUUCCGGACUCUCUUAUGUCUCAUGUCAACAUGAUCCAGCCCACAACACGCUUUGGACAGAUUCGCGCCAACCGAAACACUCUGCACAGCCAGGCUAAGGAGACCGACGAGGCUUUCCGCAUGGCUGCCCAAUCUGCUUCCCCGGAUUGCAACAGUAUCAUCACCCCGCAGUGUCUCAAGGACAUCUAUAACAUCGGUAACUACAGUGCCUCAAAAGACAAUGGCAACAAGAUUGGCUUUGCCAGCUAUCUCGAGCAAUAUGCUCAGUAUUCUGACCUGGCCAUGUUUGAGAAGAACAUCGCUACUUACGCCCAGGGUCAGAAUUUCUCCGUAGUUCAAUUCAAUGGUGGUGGCAACGUCCAAGGUGGCAGCAGUGACAGCAGCGAGGCCAACCUCGACCUGCAGUACAUCGUCGGAGUUAGCUCCCCUGUCCCUGUUACCGAAUUCAGCACUGGCGGUCGUGGCGAGCUGGUUCCCGACCUUGACCAGCCAGACCCCAAUGACAACAACAACGAGCCGUACCUGGACUUCCUUCAGAGUGUGCUGAAGCUGGACAACAAGGACUUGCCGCAGGUUAUCUCCACCUCCUACGGCGAGGAUGAGCAGAGCGUUCCCGAGAAGUAUGCACGCAGCGUUUGCAACCUGUACUCCCAGCUCGGCAGCCGUGGUGUCUCCGUAAUCUUCUCGUCUGGUGACUCUGGUGUGGGUGCCGCAUGCCAAACCAAUGACGGCAGAAACGCAACCCACUUCCCACCCCAGUUCCCGGCUUCCUGCCCAUGGGUCACCUCCGUCGGAGCUACCACCGGUAUAUCGCCCGAAAAGGCUGUGUAUUUCUCUUCCGGCGGUUUCUCUGAUCUCUGGGACCGUCCCAAAUACCAGGAAGAGGCUGUGAGCUCAUACCUUGCGGGUCUGGGUAACACCUGGUCCGGUCUGUUCAACCCCAACGGCCGAGCAUUCCCUGAUGUCGCAGCCCAAGGACAGAACUACGCCAUCUUUGAGCAUGGCUCAUUGAGCAGCGUUGACGGUACUUCCGCUUCGGCACCUGCCUUUGCUGGUGUCAUUGCUCUUCUCAACGACGGCCGUAUCAAGAACAACAAGGCCCCACUGGGCUUCCUCAACCCCUGGCUGUACUCCACUGCCCGCGCCGCUCUCAAUGAUAUCGUGGACGGCGGUAGCACCGGCUGUGAUGGCAAAAGCCGCUUUGGAGGCGCAAGCAACGGUGGACCCUCUGUACCCGGUGCCAGCUGGAACGCUACUAAGGGCUGGGACCCUGUUUCCGGUUUGGGUACACCUAACUUUGGUGAAAUGUACAAGGUUGCCUAG